AUGAGGGAACGAAUCGACCGGGUCAUGCCGUUAGUCCGGGAGCACCUCACCAAGGCUCAGCAGGCGCAGCAGCGACAUUACAACCGAGCCGCCCAACCUCGAGAAUUCCAGCCGGGGGACCGAGUGAUGGUCCUUGUCCCCAAUUCGGCCUGCAAGUUCCUGGCCAGCUGGCAAGGCCCGUAUACCGUCACGGAGAAAAUCGGUCCCAUCACUUACUUUAUCCGCCAGCCGGGACGGCAGAAGGCAGACCAGCUAUAUCACAUUAACCUGCUGAAGAAAUGGGUGGGGACAAGGGACCAGCUCACCGCCCUCGCCACCGUGGAGACACUGUCGGCAGCUCAGAAGGCCGAGCUACAGCACCUGGUUGGCCAGUUCCCCGAUGUGUUCUCCCCGAUCCCCGGGCGGACCCAGGUCCUCCAUCACGAGAUCCACACAUCACCAGGAACCAUCGUCAGGCAACGGCCCUACCGAGUCCCAGAGGCUCGUCGGCAGGCUAUUGAGGAGGAAAUCCAACAAAUGCUGAAGUUAGGGGUGAUUGAACCAUCUAACAGCCCUUGGUCCAGCCCUAUCGUUAUGGUGUCAGUGGUCCAUCUGCUAAAGACCGUACGCCUGCUGAGACUCCUGCGUCUGCUGCAGAAGAUGGACCGCUACUCCCAGCACAGUACGGUGGUGCUGACCCUGCUCAUGUCCAUGUUUGCACUGCUGGCUCACUGGAUGGCCUGCAUCUGGUACAUCAUUGGCAAGAAGGAGGUGGAGAGCAACGCAGACACCUGGGAUAUUGGUUGGCUGCAUGAGCUCGGGAAGCGGUUGGAGUCUCCAUACGAGGAGGUGAGCACGGGAGCGGUCAACAGAACGCUGAGCAGUGGACCGUCUUUGCGGAGUAUCUACAUUGCAGCGCUGUACUUCACCCUCAGCAGCCUGACCAGCGUGGGCUUCGGAAAUGUCUCUGCCAACACAGACGCAGAGAAGAUCUUCUCCAUCUGCACCAUGCUCAUUGGAGCUCUGAUGCACGCUCUGGUCUUUGGCAACGUGACGGCCAUCAUCCAACGCAUGUACUCGCGCUGGUCCUCUUACCACACACGCACUAAAGACCUGAAGGACUUCAUCCGUGUGCACCACCUGCCCCAGAGCCUCAAACAGCGCAUGCUGGAGUACUUCCAGACCACCUGGUCUGUCAACAACGGUAUCGACUCCAAUGAGCUCUUGAAAGACUUUCCAGAUGAGCUGCGUUCGGACAUCGCGAUGCAUCUGAAUAAAGAGAUCCUAGAGCUGUCCGUCUUCUCCUCUCUGAGCCGUGGAUGUCUCCGCUCUCUCUCCCUGCACAUAAAGACUUCGUUUUGUGCGCCGGGCGAGUACCUUCUUCGUCAGGGAGAUGCUUUACAAGCUCUUUUCUUUGUCUGCUCCGGCUCCAUGGAGGUGCUAAAGGACAGCAUGGUGCUAGCCAUCCUUGGUAAAAGCGACCUGAUUGGUGCAAACAUGUCGGUUGGUGACCGUGUGAUAAAGACAAAUGCUGAUGUGAAGGCGCUGACGUACUGCGACCUGCAGUGCAUUAAUCUGAGGGGUCUGUAUGAGGUGCUCGACCUGUAUCCUGAAUACUCCCACCGUUUUGUGCAGGACAUAACACACGACCUCACCUACAACCUGAGAGAGGGACAAGAGAGCCAUGUCAUAUCCAGGAUGUCCAGUAAGUCCAUGGACACACAGAUGGAGGGGAGGGGAAAUGGAGACGUGAUCCAGUGCUAUCCACCAAUAGCUGAGCAUCAAGACGAGGGAGAUGAUGAUGAUGAAGAUGAUCAGAUAGAGUAUCUCAGUGGUGGAACCAAACAGAAAACGCACAUGAAAAAUGAUCACCAAACCAACAAAAAGCUCCACAUUCAGCAUACCACUGUCACAAAUCCUGACCUCGCAAAUCUCAGCCCAAGGGUCGUGGACGGCACAGAGGACAGUGAUGGUACAGAAAAUUCACACACAUUCAUAUUUUCCUCUGGCCAUCAGCACACCAUCAGUGGUGCAACUAAUACCACUGCCACCACAGCAGAAUUAGCAGCUAAAUCAGAGGACACCAGAGGACAGCUACGCCACCUUAACCAAGAGGUGAACUCUCUUGGACGGGAGGUGGCAGAGCUGGGACGAGUCAUGCGGAGUCUUGCCUUUCUCAUGGAAUCCAUGAUGGCCUCUCCUCAAACACCAGGUGUCUGUACAUCCACGUUUACCUCGGGAUAUCCAUCACCUCCCAUCCCCUUCCCGAGCCAGGGUUCUUCUUGGACCAGCCCUCCUUUUUCUUCACCGAUGCACCCUGGAAUACGUCCAGGAGGACUUGUAUCCCAUCCGCUCAGACCACAAGAACUGCAGCUGGUCUGCCCCACCACAUCUCCCGGUUCCAUUCCCAUCACACUUUCCUCAUCCUCCCAUACAGACAGAUUCAUAGAGCCGUUAUUGACCCUUUCUCCGCACAGUGCAGUCGCUCGGACCCGCUCGCAGAGCCUGGAGACGCCUCAUCUGCAGAAUCACCAACACAUCUCACACACCCCUGGAACUUUACCCAGAGCUGGACAGCCAUCGCUGGGAGAAGGGGAGGAUCUCAGGUCCCUGGAGGAAAGCUUCUGGAUUCGUGAAAAGACUGCUGGGAACGGAUGCAAUAUGUUUGGCUACUGGAGGAAUUGUGGGAAUCAUAUUCCAAAGCAACAAUGAAUCUCGAUGCAGCUCUCUCACUGUCUCGAUGGCUUUGUGAAACUCUCCUCUCUCCAAUACUAC